AUAUACACUCUUGCAUGGUCAUCUUUAAUAGGUACAAUUAAGCAGAAUUUGCAGCACUCCUCGCAUUUAUACCUAUUUGUCAGUUGAUGUAGGAGCACUCCUUGUAUGUUCUACCUAUUUCAAAGAUGUCAGGUGCAUUUGAUACAUUGUUAAAGUAUGAAUCAAAUAUAUUUUUGGAAUUGAUGAAGGAUGAUGGUUUACUCAUUAUUGCAAGUGGAUUGGGUAUCGAUAGAAUUCUAUUAAAAGUAAUCGAAACAUUUUGCAAACCUGAAAAUUUAGUUUUAGUAUUAAACAGUUUCUCUGAAGAACAAGAAUUUCUCAUUGAUGAACUUAAAUCCAAAGGUGUGUCACAUUUACCAAAUAUUAUCACAGCUGAAGUUACUUCACAAGAAAGAAAUAAUUUAUAUUUAAAAGGCGGUGUCUUUUUUGUAACUUCUAGAAUUUUAGUUGUCGAUAUGCUUACAAAAAAAAUACCUAUUGAUUAUAUAACUGGUAUUCUAGUUCAAAGAGCACAUAAAGUUGCUGAAACCAGUCAAGAGAGUUUCAUUAUGCGAAUGUAUCGGGAAAGUAACAGUGAUGGUUUUAUUAAAGCAUUUUCAGAUUCUCCUACAUCUUUUUUGACAGAGUACUGUAAAGUUGAACGGGUAAUGAAACAACUUUUUUUAAAAAAACUUUAUCUUCGUCCUCGUUUCCAUUCUGAUAUUGCUGCAGUUUUUGAAGAAAGUAAAAUUGAUGUUAUUGAAAUUGGAAUUGUUUUGACAGCUUACAUGAAAAAAAUACAAUUGUCUUUGAUGGAGUUGAUUGAAGUGUCAUUAAAGGAAUUAAAAAAGUCUGUUGAGUUUUUAGAUACUGAAGAUCUUACAUUAGAAAACAGUCUGACCAAUUCAUUUGAUAAGACUUUAAAAAUACAACUUGAUCCGCAUUGGAACAAGUUAAACUCUAAAGCAAAGCAACUUGUUGCUGAUUUGAAGAUUUUGCGCAUUUUAUUAGGAUAUCUGACUCAAUACGAUUGCAUUACAUUUUAUAAAUUUCUUCAAUCUUUAAGCAGCAAUGCUCAAAAUAAAAAUUCAAUAUGGAUGUUUCUCGAUGCUGCAAAUUUAGUAUUUCAAAGUGCUAAAGCUAGAGUUUAUGGUUGUGAAAGUUCGAGUUCAUCACUAGAUAGUUUUGAAAUGUCUUCUGUUGAAGUGAGUCCAAAAUGGGAAGCUUUAAUUGAAAUUUUAAAUGAGAUAGACAACUUAAAUACAUCAACUGAUGAAAAUAAAUCCCAUGAGAAAUGUAGAGUUUUGAUUUGCGCAUUUGAUGAGAGAACUUGUUAUCAACUAAGACAGGCUUUAUGUUGUGGAUUAAGAGAAACAAUGUCACAGCUAUAUGAAAGUACUUUUCCAAAGAAAACUUCAAAUACUAAGAAAGAUAAGUCAAAAAAAAAGAAAUCUAAAUUAAACAAUGAUAUUUUAAAUAAUUUGGAUUUUGAAACAGCUUCAAGUUCUUAUCAGAAAAUUGAUUUUUUGAAAGAAUCUACAAUCAUUAUUCAUCCAUUGUCUGGUUCUACAGAUCCCUACAGCUUAUUACGCAAGUUGUAUGAGCUGCAACCAAAUUAUGUAGUGUUAUACGAUGCUCAUAUUCGUUUUGUUCGUCAAUUAGAAAUUUUCAAAGCAUCUAUGCCAGAGCAACCACUUCAUGUUUAUUUUCUUAUUUACAACGGAUCAGUUGAAGAGCAACGCUAUUUAACUAAUCUUCGAAAAGAAAAGGAGUCUUUUGAAUUACUUAUAAAACAAAAAGCUGAAAUGGUUGUCCCAGAAGAACGAGAUGCCAAAUCUAGUAUUGCUAAAUCAACAUUGCGGCAGAAACCUAAUGAGCUAGUAACUACUAGAAAUGCUGGAGGCAGAGAGAAUAUUCAACUAAAUAAAAAGAUUAUAGUAGAUAUGAGAGAAUUUCGAAGUGAACUACCAUCACUAAUAUAUAAACGUGGAAUUGAUAUUGUUCCUGUAACUCUAGAGGUAGGAGACUAUAUUUUAAGUCCUGAAAUGUGUGUUGAAAGGAAAAGCAUUACUGAUCUUAUUGGUUCAUUAAACAAUGGUCGAUUAUAUUCACAGUGUUUAGCUAUGACUAGAUUCUAUAAGAAACCUAUUUUAUUAAUAGAAUUUGAUGAAGGAAAGUCAUUUUCUUUACAAGGUAAAAAGUCAUUAAGUAAUGAUGUCAGUUUUCAAAAUAUUUCUUCAAAACUUUCACUUCUUAUUAUUCAUUUUCCAUUGCUUCGAAUUAUAUGGUCCCAGAAUCCUAGUUUGACAGCUGAGAUCUUUGAAGAUCUAAAGUCGAAUACAAAUGAACCUGAUGUUGAUUAUGCAAUAUCAGUUAGUGCAGAUCAAACGGAACCUUUUAAUGAAUUAUUGUACAAUGUGGUACCUUUGGAUGUUCUUCAAAAAUUUCCUGGAAUAAGUUUCAAAAAUUACAAGCAUGUUGCUAACAAAUGUAAGAGUUUGAAAGAUUUAAUAAAUUCUUCAGAAGAUGCUCUUGUUGAUAUAAUUGGAAAUUCUUCUUAUGCUUCAAAAUUUUACCAGUUUGUAAAUAAAGAAGAAGAUUGGGAAUCCUCCUUAAAAAAGCAAACAACUAUUAAAAAAACAAGCAAGUGAAAUGUUUUUUUUUUUUAAUAAGCAAAAGAAUUAUUUAAAAUUUUUUUUAUGUUUUCAAUUAUUUAUAAUUAUAAAUAAUUCAAUUAUUUAUAAAUAUUAGCUUUGGUCUCAUCACAUUUCUUUAAUGUUUACUGUAAUAUUCUACAAACACAUCACAAAAAU